UUAAUAGUUAUGUUUUUAACGGAUAAAUGAUUGUUUUUUCAUAUAAUUUUGCUGUAGUAUAUUUUGUAGCGUUUUAUUUGUCCAUAUGUUUUCAUCUUGUAUUUUCAUUAGCUUGGUGUUUUGUUCGAUGAGAAUAAGUACUUAUUAUACUAAUAACUGUAAGUCCGAAGUCGUAAAACUCGUUAAUUUAAAAAUCGUGUGCUGACGUUAAGUAAAAAUCAGUAUGGCUCCCACAUCUAAAAACUCGAGAAAAUCUUUGUCGGCGAAAUGUCAAUUACUACCCGGUAGCAUGACAAUUGACAAGGAAAACGCGUUCUUACAUAGUGUAAGUGAAUUUCAUAGCAGAAUUCGGCGGAGAGAAUCAAUACGGCACAAGUAUAAGGACUACGAAUUGGAACAAAAAAUGGAAUUCGAGAUGAAAAUGCGCGAGGGGACGACACGACUCCUUGCCGCCUGCAAACAUCAAACGCAGUCGUUGCAAGCCGCCAAGAGCUUGUUGACGUCCAACGAAAGGAUGACCGCUUACAUCGCCGAAUUGCACCGGAAGAGCCGAGAACCGCCACAGAUCGGUUGGAACGGUGGCAGGGCUCGGGUGUCACUUUCGGAUUUACGACUCCCGCUGAUGUGGCGGGACACGGAUCAUUUCAAAAAUAAAGGCGACUACCGGAGAUUUGCAGUGUUCUGUUUGGCCAAAAUCGGUACGCAACUGUACGACACCAGCCUCAUGUUUCCGGUCGAUAGAUCCAUGACCGACGUCACGUUUAACGACGUACUGCUCUUCGAAAACGUCGGGCCGGAUUUCAAACUCGACUUAGAAGUCUACGCCCAUGUGCUGCGAGACGACUUUUCGAUUGCGAGCACGCCUAGGAAAAUCAAGAACACGUUGCACAGUUCCAUAAGCCGCACGGUCGGCAAAAAGUUGGCCGCCACGUUGAGAGACGAACUGAACAGUGGUAAAAUUGGACCUAAUUUCGAACUAAUGGCAUCAGCCAAACUGACUUUAGAAGAAGUGGAUGACCGAGUACAUACGCACGAUAUGAAAAUCGAGAGCACUCCAGAAAACCGUAACAAUCAGUUACCUCUGUUCGGUCAUUUUUGCUGUCGGUUGGCUGCACAACCCCAGUGUAUGUCGUCCCCGGUAUAUUCAGGCCGUGUACUGCCACGUGACGAAUCAUCAUCUUCGUGGGCCAGCCUCCAAGCAUUUGAACUGUCUGUGUGGUCGACAGAAGAAGAAGCAAAAUCUAAACCACCCCAGAAAACAUUUCGCGUCGAUAGGAAUACAGUAAUUCGAGCACUAAAAAAUAAUAAUGAAAUUGAAAUAUCCAACGAAUCUGAAAAGCGAACAGUAUCGUUUAUAUUUUCAGUAGAAAACGGUGAGGAAAAGGGCAAUUGGCUUAAAUAUUUAGUUCAACAUACCAAAGAACAUUACAAAUGGAAAAAAGCAGCUGAAAUUGUCAUGGAAGUACAGUUGUUAGAAUCUAAUAGGCAUUCGUUCAUCAAGCCAGAGCGACAGGGAUCACUUUAUGAUGAAACUCCACUUUUUGAAUCUUUUGACAAGAGCAAUCGCGAUAAGAACAGGCCUACUGUAAUGGAUAUGUUUUCCAAUGGAGGCAAAGUCUCUUCUACCAGUCUUAACUCAUGUUCAUCCACCGGUUCUAUAACUCAUAAUCUACGCUCAAACUCAUCCUCAUCAUCAUCAUCGACUGUUAGCAGCAGUGGAACCCAACGGCGAUCGCAUUGGCCGUUUUCUAAGAAAAUGUGAUUGGCGCACAAAGUUUCUAUUUUGUCAUUAUGAUGUACAUACCGGAGUGGGCUACACCUUAUUAAGACUCCUAGUUUUUUUACCCUUAUUUACCAUUUUUGUACCUGCUUAAUGUUAAAUUUUAAAAUUGCUUAAUUUUAAUAGUCGUAUUAUUAUUAUCCAUUUUAUCUCUUUUGUACCUAUUCCUAUGUGUACCAUUUCAUUGAUUUUCCAUUUUAUUUUUAAAGCGUAUUUUAAUAUGAAGUAUAGCCCUCUCUUAUCAAUGUGUCUUUAAGACUUCUAACAAUAGUAUUAAAUGUAACUGUAUAAAAUGAAUACUUAUUAUUAUUAGAAUUAGAAUUAUAAGUCAAGAUUUUUAUUUUUA